GCCGGAGCGGAGCGAGGGGCGGGGAAGCGCCGUGCCGGCGGUUCGGUUGAAUCGCUCCGCGGCCGCGGCUCCUCCCAGGGGCGGCCCGGCGGCUGUCGCUGGAGGCCGCGGGCAGCGGGGCCCCCCCUGGGGACGGUGGGAGACACCCCACCCCGCCCCUGCCAUCGCCUCCCGCCUCCUGCUGCCGCCGCGGCCCCGCAGGGAUCCUCUCUCACUGCUCCUCCUCUUUCUCCUUCACCCUCUCCCCCCACCUUCACCCUCCGGCUGAGUUCAUUCACUGGGAUUGGUUUCAAAUGACGCCAUCGCUUUAUAUUUACACCAAUGACCUCAUCCCAGCAGCUUGAAGUUUACUGACCAGCAAAACUCUUUUCUCUCGCUCGUUCCUCUCCUUGUGCCUGCUCUUCCCGGGUGUUUGUAGUUGCUUCUGUCAUUCUGGGAUUCUAAGGCUUUAAAAAAAAAAAAACACAAAACAAAAAAACCCCAAACAAACAAAAAGACCAAACACACACGCAAAAAACCCUAACCCCUCAAACUUUUUCCCUCCUCCUGAGCUUUUCGGUGUGUGUGUCCCCCUCAUUACUGUCCCCUUUUAAUUUUUCCAAGCCAUCUUGAGAGUGGGGAAGGAGAGGGAAAAGAGAGCUCCAACGCUCCAAAUAUUUCCUUUUUCUGCUCUUCUCCCCUCCCACUUCCACGCUUCCCACUCUUAAAAAAAAAACCCGAAUAUAUAUAUAUAUAUAUUUUUUUUUCCUAAUUUUUAAAAUUGCUGGCGCUUGGUUGUUGUUUUUGGGAGGGCCUUUUUUUGGUUGGUUUUUUUUUUUUUUUUUUUUCCCUUAUUGAAGAAGAAGGAAAAAGAGGCGCUUUCCCAGCGACUGGAAGAAGACAAAGUUGUUUCGGGCGGCAGCGGCGAGGCUGGUGGGCAAUUGCUUUUAUCCUUGCCGAGGGGACAGGCAGCCAGACUGACAGGGGUGACACAGCUGCAAGAAGGGUUUGUAAGGAGAAGAACUUUUUCAGUUUCAACUGACUUAAUUGGAGAGGACAGGCUCUCAAUCUGGUGUAAAGCUGAUGGUGGGAGCAAAGGUAAUGCAGCAUGCUUGGUGAUGUAAUGCAGCAGCAGCCAGAAAGCAUCUUUUGUGUGAGUUGUGAAAUGGCUACUCCGUAGUCAUCUCCCGAUGAAUCAGACGUGAGGGGCCGCUUUGUGGAGCCAACCCGUUGUACAUCAGCUGGAAGCAGGAGGAGACGCUCAGUUCAACAGCUCUUUCUGAAAAUGGAUUUAACUUUUCUUUUGCCAGUCACUACCAGCAUGACCUCAUACACUUCCAGUACAAUGGUGUGGCUAAGCCUUUGAGUACACAGCCAUUACAUCAUCGCAGCAAAUUAGAGAGGGCGGUGGGGAAAGAGGCCUCGCUGUUGUCAUGGCCCAUGAGAUGAUCAGGACCCAGCUCAUUGUCGCUGAGAAGUUGGUGGCUUUGCUGGAGAGUGGGACAGAGAAGUUGCUGCUGAUUGAUAGCCGCCCCUUUGUGGAAUACAACACCUCCCACAUCCUGGACGCCAUCAACAUCAACUGCUCCAAGCUCAUGAAGCGCAGGCUGCAGCAGGACAAAGUUUUGAUCACAGAGCUCAUUCAGCAUUCAGCAAAACACAAGAUUGAAAUUGAUUGCAAGCAGGACGUGGUGGUGUAUGACCAAAGUUCCAAAGAUGUGACCUCUCUCUCAUCUGACUGUUUCCUUACUGUGCUCCUGGGCAAACUGGAGAAGAAUUUCAGCUCUGUGUAUCUGCUUUCAGGUGGAUUUGCUGAGUUCUCCAGCUCUUUUCCUGGUCUUUGUGAAGGAAAAUCCACACUCAUCCCUACUUGCAUUUCUCAACCCUGCUUACCUGUUUCCAACACUGGCCCAACUAGAAUCCUGCCUCAUCUCUACCUUGGGUGUCAGCGAGAUGUCCUCAACAAGGAGCUGAUGCAGCAGAAUGACAUUGGCUACGUCCUGAAUGCCAGCAAUACUUGUCCAAAGCCUGAUUUUAUUCCAGAAUCCCAUUUCCUCAGAGUGCCUGUGAAUGACAGCUUUUGUGAGAAAAUUUUGCCUUGGCUGGAUAAAUCAGUCGAUUUUAUAGAAAAAGCAAAAGCAUCCAAUGGCCGUGUGUUGGUGCACUGUUUAGCUGGGAUAUCUCGCUCUGCCACAAUUGCCAUUGCAUACAUCAUGAAAAGAAUGGAUAUGUCCUUGGAUGAAGCUUACAGAUUUGUGAAAGAAAAGAGGCCAACAAUUUCUCCCAACUUCAACUUCCUGGGCCAGCUUUUGGACUUCGAGAAGAAGCUCAAGAACCAGAGCGGUCAGCCUGGCCACAUUAGCAAGCUGAAACUCCUGCACUUGGAGAAGAGCAGCGAGCAGGUGCUGGAGGUGGGGCAGAGCAGCCUCUCCCCCAGCCAGCUCUGCCUCUCCGCCGCCUCGGAGCUGCUGGAGCCCAAGCCCAAGAGGGGCGGGCACCCGGCCCCGCUGGAGGACGGCCCGCUGGUGCAGGCCAUCAACGGGCUGCACGUCUCCCUGGACAAGGUGGAAGACAGCAACCGGCUGAAGCGCUCCUUUUCCUUGGAUAUCAAAUCCGUGUCCUACUCAGCGAGCAGCAGCUGCGUGACCGCAUCGGUGCAGGGCUUCGCCUCCUCCGAGGACACGCUGGAGUACUACAAACACGCGGCUGCCCUGGAGGGUAGCGGCAAGCUGUGCCAGUUCUCCCCCGUGCAGGAGGUGUCGGAGCAGAGCCCGGGGAGCAGCCCCGACAAGGAGGAGGCGGCCCGGCCCCAGGAGGCCCCGGGCCCGUGGCCGCUGGACAGCCCGGCCUCACGGCCACACGCGGGCCGGGCCGGCGGCAGCGCGGCCGCGCCUCGGCCCCUGCUGUACCCCCUGCACCGCAGCGGCAGCGUGGAGGACACCUACAGAACGAACUUCGUGUUCGGGCUCUCCACCAGCCAGCAGCACCUGGCCAAGUCCGCCGCGGGGCUGGGCCUCAAGGGCUGGCACUCGGACAUCCUGGCCCCGCAGCCCUCGUCCCUCACCAACAGCUGGUAUUUCGCCGCCGAGUCCUCGCAUUUCUACUCGGCCUCGGCGGUGUUCGGGGGCAGCCCCGCGUUCCCCGCCUACAGCUGCAGCCAGCUGCCCUCGGGCUGCGAGCAGCCCAGCGCCGUGCGCCGCCGGGCCCGCCAGGCCGACCGCGGCGACUCCCGGCGCAGCUGGCACGAGGAGAGCUCCUUCGAGAAGCAGUUCAAGCGCAGGAGCUGCCAGAUGGAGUUCGGGGAGAGCAUCCUGUCGGACAACAGAUCCAGAGAGGAACUGGGCAAAGUGGGCAGUCAGUCAAGUUUUUCAGGCAGCAUGGAAAUCAUUGAAGUGUCCUGAGGGGCAGAGGCUCUUGUGACUGUGGCAGAGCUGCUCCCCCAGCGUGUGAGAGGUCCCUGUAAAUCUGAAACUUUGGGUAAAAAGGUGGGGGGAGGGAAGAAACAGAGGCUUUGCUUUGAACCGGGGAAAGGGUGGUACUGCAGGGAAGUGACCGCGGUCUCUGCCCGAGGAGACCAAGGUUGCUGCUGGGCUUUUCUCCUCCCCUCUCCGGGAAAAGGGUAGAACAUUUCACAGACCUUUCCCUGUCAGAGGAAGCAGUUCUGUGCAAUGGAUUGCCCAUCCUUUCAGUGGCUUUUAACAAGGAAGCUCUCUUGGUGUCAAACCCUUUCUCUGGUUCCACUGAACCACGCUCCUACCUGUCAGAACUAGUUUUGUUCUUCCCUCCCCGUGCCUCACAUCUUCACCAGUGCACCUUAGCCCUGACACUGAGCCAACCUCUGGAGGGAGACCUUCUUCCUAUAUGAAAAGGGGACUGGGAGCGAUUCCAAAGGCCAUAGGGACCGGUUACAGCAAGGCUGGUCUGAACACGGCGUUCAGACAAAUGUAAAUACUGGUGUAACUAUUGUUCUAAUGAAUAGGCUGUAGGUGAUUCGCUAGAGAGCUGCUUCAGAGAAAAAAAACCCCAGUACCUCAAAAACACAUAAAAUAAACUAGGGCUGUAUGGCUGCCACAUGCUGGUAGUGAGUUCAUAAACAAUGUGAACAAGUAAUGACUGGCCACGUUUCUUUUUUUUUUUUUUUUUUGGUUGUUGUCUUUUAAAGCUGUCCACGCACAAGAUUCAGUUGUGGCUCAGCAGCAAUUCUUAAAAGAAGAUGAAUGAACCAUACUUAGGACUGUUUCCCCAAGUCUUUUGAUAAAGUAUUUGUAUUUUUGAUAUUAAGCUGACUUCUGGGAGAGGGGUAGCUGCUUUGGCUUCUAAGCUAUAAAGGAGUGGUUGAUACCUAGAGCUACAUGCAAGAGAAGUGGCUGGUAUGAGUGGCCACAACACACUUUUCUUGCCAAUUAACAAUUCAAUUGCUGAAAAACAAUUCAAAUGUUUGGGGUUUUUUUAAGGUAAAAAUGAGCUGAGGAGGGCUUUUGUCCUUAACUGAGCAGUUCCAAGGUGUAACUGCAGAUGCUCAAGGCUGUACCUUGAGCAUUCUCACCCUCUGCACCCCAGGGCAGACACCUCCAUCUCGAGGAGGUGUCACAGCCCUGGUUUCACAGGAUAUGAGGCACAGCCCUUCUCAUGUUUUUGACAACGACCCAGCUGCUUCCCCUCCCACCUUGGCUGCUGCUCACCUUGGGCUACAUGUGCACAUUGCCAUGAGAGAUUAAUGGUCAGCGAGCGAUGGUACCAGAGCCACUGUGUAAAGCUGCAUCCUUCCUGCCCCCAGGGCCUUCCCCAGCACCUCUCAGAACACAUUGAGGGAAAACUAUUGUUUUGUCCCAUUUCAGUGCAGGCAGCUGAAAAUUGUAGUAAUAAAUAAUUAACCCUGGCCAACAGCUUUAAAAAAAAAAAAAUGUCAGCAGCAAACUGAAGCCCUAAUUCAAGUCAGCAGCUUGGGUUAUGUUUGGGGUUUUUUUACUGUAAGUUUAGCUAGUUUGUAACUCAAAUCUCAGGUUUUACUAUAUUAAAAGUGGAGAAGAUUUUUAUCAUUGUUUUGUUUUGUGGCUAGGAUGUGACUUUAAUUUCCUACAAUGGACCGUUGAAAAUAGCACUGAAAGCUACAGCAUUGAUUAACUUGAUCCUAAAAAGUGCAAAAGGCACAGAGAGAGGAGGCACCAGGAGUCACAGAGCCCAGAGGCUCUUUGUGCUGCGUGUACAAGAGGCUGGACAAAGGGCCUGGGCAAGGGAGAGGCUGACAUCAGGCUGACAUCACCCUGGACACUGUGUCAGGUGCUGGCUGUUCAUUGAACGUGCUGCCACUUGUUUCUGUUUACAUCUCCAGUGGAAGUGAUUACAUCACAACUAUUUUUAGCUGUGUGUGUAUUUGCCUAUGUUAACAGUUGAACAGGGCUCCUCUCAGCCACAUUUCAGGAAAAGCCCGUGGCUUUGAUUUAAACCAGUUAAUGGGAGUUAACAUGUAUCAAUCCCUAGAGGCAGAAACAGAUUCUUCCUCUUUUGUGCUCCUUCAGACAUGUGUGUUCUCCCCUUCUUUGUAUGUUUGGGGUUGGUUUGGUUGAUUGCCUUUUGAAGAACUGAAAUCUGGUCUUGUGGCUCCUCAUGAUUCCCAGUGUGUUCUGGAUGAAUCCAAUAGGCUCAGUACUUAUAGGGGUCAGGUUCCCAUAGGAGGAAGCCUUAACCCCCCGUCCUGCACAGAGUGGUGGCCUGGCUCAUACCUGAACUAGAGUCCUGUCCCUGAACAAUACUGGAAAUGGUUUGCAGAAGUCUGAAAAGCAAAGUGGAGAAUGUGAGAGGGGAAAAAUGUAAAAAAAAAAAAGAAGUGUACAUAUUCAAUAUGAAUAUAACGUAUGGCAUUUGGUGUGUGGCAUACUUGGCAUGUUUGGUGUAUGGCAAGCUGGUGAAAUGGUUCAGAGAGAUGUGAGUUUCUCAUCUUGUUGUGUCAUGAACAUUACCUGUAUGUUAUGAUGAAAUAAAAUCAGAAAUGGUACCCGUUUA